GCGAAGCCUGUAGCGCGCAAGGCGGAGGGGCGGAAGGAGAAGUUCACCGCCGACCGCAGGGCGACCUUCAAAUGGCCUUGGCACGAGAUCAGCGACGAGAACAGGCCGCCUACGGGAGUGAUGAUGUGCAGGUACUUCGAGAUCGCCGAUCAGGGCGCCCUCCAUCCGACGGCCUACUGCACCCCGGAGUACUGCUCGAAGGCGGCGAAGGGGAUGCAGGAGGUGCAGAUCAGGGGAUGGCAGCCGAGAAGCAUGAAGGGCAGCGCGAGAAAGGAGAAGGACGCCGACAAGUACAAGCGCGACUGCGAG